UAUUAAAAAACCACAAAACGUUUGAUAAUUUAUGUAAUUUGACCAAAGACGCCGCAAAGAGGUCAAAUCAGCCAAAGAUUCAUGUUCAUCAGACACCGACUUCGGGCACGCAACCCACGACGACACUCGAUCGACUUGGUGUUGAUCAAAAAAUAAAUAUACCCAGACCUGAAAGGGUACAGUCGUACAGAGAGUCGGAACAUCGAUCCCUUGGGUGCAAGAUCAGGUAUUAUUAGUUACUAGCUAGGCCAACAUACCAUGGCCGACGAAGGCGGUGUGGCUCAUGCCGUGGACGAGAAGGAGAAGCGUCGGCGCAAGCAGGCGAACCGGAUGGGCAAAGUGCUAUCCAAAGUGUGGGCAUUGAAGGGAUCGGAGGCCUUUCAAGAAGAACGACACGCCGCCAGCAAGGAAGGACACGCACUGGACUUGACCACUAUUGGACAAAAGAUUGACGCCCAAAAGUAUCGACUCGGCAAGCACGGCUGGGAGGAUUUCGCCAGGGAUCUGGGUGGAGUUUACAAUCGACACAUUGCUCGCAAAACCAAACACGCCAAGCAAGCAGCCAUCCAUAUUCAGACCGUCAAGGACUUGUUGGGCCACAGAGACAAAUCCCUGGCAGAUUUAGCCAAAGGAUUCACACCCUCCGAGGCUCCCGUAUCCAGUAGUUUGAAAAAACGCAAAGCUUCGGAAGACCUCGAAAACAAUCGUAUCACUCGCAAGAGACCCUCCACCGCACAACCAGCCGGUGGCGGGGAUCAGGAGGGUGAAUUGACACUCAAAGAUCGAGAAGUACGAGCAUUGGAAUCGCUGGAAGCAUUUAUCGAAGAAAAUGGAGGAUCCAAGGAACAAGUCGCUGGAUUCCGCUCCAGAGUUACACGAAAACCAUCCGAUCGACGAUACGAUAUCAAUUUCUACAAUUCGUCAGGAAGGCGAUUCCGAUCCAUGGUGGAAGUGGGCAGGUUCCUCAAUAUCAUCAAGGCAGAUAGUAGACCCAAACGAAAAGCCACUUUCAACAAGAAGAAACCAAAAACUUCCAGAGAAAAGGAAAACGAGAAGAAAAAACUCAGACGGGAAUUGGAACGACUGCGCAAAGCACAUCAACGUGCUAUCAAAUCAUUGGACGAUUUUAUCAAUGAUCAAAAGGAAUCACGAUACCCCAUGGAGGAUCUCAUAUUAAUGGAAGAAGAUGAAGCACAGCACGGAAAGAAACCCAUCACACAAUCCACAUGUACCGCGGCGAGGAUACCCGAUAUCAAGGGAUUCCCAGACAUUCCACAACAUUGCAUCCCCGAUUUACUCAUGACGUGGGAUUUCCUCUGUACCUUUCACAAAACACUCAAUUUGGAACCCAUAUCCUUGGAUGACUUUGCAUCGGCACUCACCUACAAACCCCCCGAAGAUGUUAAUGGGGAUGACAUUCAAGCUCCACCCGUGUAUCUCGCCGAGGCACAUUUGGGCCUCUUGAAAUUGUUGGUCAGCGAUCGACAGAGCGACGAAUGGUGGUGGUCCAUACUCGAAACGCAAGAGACGGAAAAUCCAGAGGCCAAGAUUUUGGCUGCAGAAGAAAAGGAAGAAGAUGGCAAGGCGGCAGCCAUCAAAGUCGACAUGGAGGCGUUGUUGGCCGACGAUGAAGAUCCACUCAUCACUAACAGUUGGCUGGCAUCGUUGGAGGAUGUCGGCAAAAUGAAUAGUACACAGGCGGAUGCCCUAACGAAUGCCAUCAAGACGGCGUUGCACGUCGUGGCGAAUAAAUGGGUGGGUGCCUACUUGCGAAAGGCAUUGAAAAUGUUGAAACAAAACGAUCUGAAAGACACCAAACGGGCCAUUGUGUGGCUUGUGGAAAAGGUCAAGGAAGCUCGACCGGAUUUGUCCAGUAGGAGUGUCAGAGAAAGCCGAAUGAUGGAAAUCAGGGCAAAGGUCGUUGAAGAUGCCAAGCAGCAAAUGGACAAACUGGAAGCAUCGGCUCCGAUCGUCAAAGAAGAAGAUCUGGUGUCCGAUGUUGAAGAGUCCGAUGAAGAGAGUGAUGACUCGGACGACGAGGAAAUGGGGGACGCAGAAAAACAAGGCAGCAAAAAAGCGGGCGAUGCAGAUGCCAAGGACGAUUCCGAAAUGCCGUCAUCGUACAUCCCACCACGACCAUCCCCUACGUUGGUGGAUCUACUGCUCCCGCCAUUCAAACCAAACCAAAACUCGGAGUUCUUGAAUCCGUUCACAUGGUCGCAAUUAGCUGGUGGUGCGGCGUGCAGGAUUCUCCAUCGAAUGAAACGACUGCGAAAUGAAGUGGACGAUGCUUUGCGUGCCAGCCACGAUUUGCCACAACUUACAGUUGCUCAGCGCAGGGAGCGAGAGGCUGUUUCGGCUUCUCGGAUAUUUACUGAGUGCUGCGCAGUGAUUGACGGCGAGAGUCCGGGCGAAACCGCAGUGAAACACUUGUGCUCGGGAGACGAUUAUUUGGACCUAGCCCCCAUUCAACGCCUUUGCAUUUUGAGAAUCAUGAUUGAAGCUGCGUAUGACACAGUUCGAGUGCAGCAAGUAGUGGACGGGAACUUUAAGCAGCGCAUCAAUGCCCUGAAGGCCUUGGAAGCCGAGGAACGAAAGGCCAAGAGUGACGCCAAGAAGAAGGCCACCGCUGCAGAAAAGGCAGCCCGAGAACAGCUGACGGCUGAAGUCCAAAAUAAGUUUUUGGAGGAAAAGCGAGCAGAAAUCCGAAAAGUGAACGAAGGAUCAAAUGAGUUCACAGAAGAGUUUAUGGAGUCUUUGGCUGACGACGACAUUCUCGAGGAUGAGGAGAUCAAGGCUGACUAUACCGCUCUUCCAGGCCCCGAAAGCUUUAGCAAGAUCGAGGUCAACAAGAUGGUGGCCCGGAUGCAGCAAGAGGCUGCGUUCGAAACCCAUUCCGUCAGAGUACUGACCAUGGAGGAGCUGCUCGAGCAAGAGAAGGAGCAGUUGAAGGCAAUGGAAGAACAGCUUGCGAAUCUUGUAGCUGAGAACCCGGACACCGACGCCAUGGACCGAGACACAUCGAGGGCAAUUGACAGGCUGAAACGAAACGUGGAAAAAGCCAAGGAAGCAACUGAAACACUGCCAGAAAAUAGACAAUCUGCCAUACUUGUCCUCCGCGAUGCAAUUGCUGAUGGCACUAUCAAGGUUUUAAAGAGUGCGAUUCGUGAAGCCAAACUUGCCAAGUUAACUGGCGAAGACGAGACUACUGGAGGCGUCUGGGCGCUGGGUUUGAUGCGCGACGCUGUGUUGGAGCUAGAAAACGCCAAAAAUCACAAGAAGGUGGCAGACGCCCAAAAGGAUCUUGUGGCAAAACGCAACAGGUGCUUCAUCAGGAACGUCCCCAUUGGACAAGAUCGUUUCAGAAAUCGUUUCUGGCACUUUGAUAGAGACGAGCAUAGUCACUUCUGGACCGAGACUGAUUAUGUCAUCAUUGAGGAUUCAUCAAAAGAACCUCAAACGAAGUCUGCUGGGUUCCUUGAUCUCGAGCGAGUGAAGGAACACGUUUUCCUGGGCACUAAUGACGAGGAAGAGGAUAUGAUUGGAAACAACGAGAAAGGUGCUUUCCUCAAAUUCUCCAGGCAGGAAUACCACUCGUCUGGGCUGGAUGCUUGUCUGGCAAAGAAGAAUUGGGGAUGUCACGCAACUGAAAAAUCGAUCAGGACACUCAUAAAGGACUUGGACAGCAGAGGGGUCCGAGAGAACGAGUUGAAAAGCAAGCUCAAGGAGACGUUGGAAGAAAAUGUUGGUGAGAAGCCAGAAGGCUCAAAGGAACUAGGCGCAGAGGGUUCUGCCGAUGACACCGCCGUCACGUUGACCAGCGGGGACGAAGAUGCAUUCAAAGGACUGAUGGAAACGGAAGACAUUGCUUCAAACUCCUCCAUUUCGAUUGAAACUUUGGAAGGCUUGCAAUCUGGGAUUGGGGCAGAAGUGCGAGUGCGCGUUAUUGUGGAUGGCUCGAAGGAACCUGCCAUCUCGCGCUAUGAGAAUGGUAAGAUCACUGCUUUCAGGAAGCGGGAAGAGAUCGUUGAACCAGAGGGGGGAGACGAAUCCGAAGAGGAGGAUGAAGAGAAGGAGAAACCAGCUCCCACCACUCGUGAGACACACGAUUGGCAAGCGACAACUGACAGAGGACAUACUUACUGGCUCCCUGGCCCCGAGUUGUUGGAGAGCAUCUGCCGUUUUGUGAAGUGGAGCAACAAGGAAAAGGGAUACUUCGAGUUUGAUGCUGCGUUUCAUACCUACAGGAACCCCUUGGGGCGCCAUUGCGGCCGUGCUGCGGAUGCUCCUUAUUCGUCGUCGCCAAUGGUCUUCGCUCGCUACAUGGUCAAGAGAGAGCAAGAACUUUAUACGAAACUCAAAAAUAAGAACUACGACAAUAACUGGGGCGGAAAAAGUGGGGCGAGGGCUGUCUGGACCAACUCUAUGAAGGAUUACACCUUCGAUUUUCGAUCUGCAAAAGACGGUCUCUUGACGCUGGAAAAUGCCUUCUUCGAGCUGAUGGACGGAAUUCCAUCUGAUGACGGCCCAAGUGGCAAGGAGUUACUAGAGAACCCGGCGACACGAGACGACAUCGAGCUUGAGUCACUUGACAGCAAGAGUAUCCAUGGCUUGUGGAACUCUUUGGCGAGCCGUGCGGUGUUCUAUGAAAUUGUCAACAAUUGCAAGACGACAGGAUUUCUCGCUUUGGCCUUCGAUCUGCUCUGCAGGAACACAACGGCCUAUUUGGCCGCUCACAAGUUGCUGAACGUGAAGGUAGAACCAGUGCACCAGCCAAUUACACGAUCGACGAGGCGCCCCAAUGCGUGGCAGCAGGCCAAUCAAGAGGCUGGUUGGUAAUACGUGAAACGUUGCAAGAAAAAGUAUAGAGCCAUGCUAUUGCCAAGGAAGGAGGCUCGACUGUCAUCAGAACGCCGUCUGGAAGUUAAUUGCUAGUUCAUCUAGCUAGCUGCUUUCCUGUGAAGGAACUGCUAGAAUAUCUCUAGUAGUCAUCUAUUCUAUUCUACCAGUCUUUUUGAU